CCUCCGCGCUUCUCCGCGCUCCGCCCCGGCAGGGCUCCCGCCGGGGACGGCGUCGGCGGAGGACCUGUGAUGAUCAGCUGAGCCCAUCUCCUCCCGCUUCUCCGGCUUCUUCCUCAUCAUCCUCCUCCUCCUCUUCGCCGCCGUCCAGCGCGCCCCUCACCGCAGCGUCCCGUCCCUCCCCCCUCUCCCAGCCCCGGCCGAAGCAUGUCCAAGCCCAGCGACCACAUCAAACGCCCCAUGAACGCCUUCAUGGUGUGGUCCCGCGGCCAGAGGCGCAAGAUGGCCCAGGAGAACCCCAAAAUGCACAACUCGGAGAUUAGCAAGCGGCUGGGCGCGGAGUGGAAGCUGCUCUCCGAGGCGGAGAAGCGGCCUUACAUCGACGAGGCCAAGCGGCUGCGGGCGCAGCACAUGAAGGAGCACCCCGACUACAAGUACCGACCCCGGCGCAAACCCAAGAACCUGCUGAAGAAGGACAGGUAUGUCUUCCCUUUGCCUUACCUCGGGGAAACCGAUCCUUUAAAGGCCGCCGGGCUUCCCGUGGGGGCCACUGACUCUCUGCUGAGCUCCCCGGAGAAAGCCAGGGCUUUCCUGCCCCCCACCUCAGCACCUUACUCCUUACUUGACCCCAGCCAGUUCAGCUCCAGCGCCAUCCAGAAGAUGACUGAGGUUCCUCACACCUUAGCCACCAGCACCCUGCCCUACGCCUCCACCUUGGGAUACCAGAACGGGGCUUUCGGCAGCUUGAGCUGCCCCAGCCAACACACCCACACCCACCCCUCGCCCACCAACCCGGGCUACGUGGUGCCCUGUAACUGUACCGCUUGGUCGGCUUCCAGUUUGCAACCUCCCGUUGCCUACAUAUUAUUCCCGGGCAUGACCAAGACUGGGAUAGACCCUUAUUCUUCAGCACAUGCGACUGCCAUGUAACACCCACCCACCCACACCCCCCACGGGCGUGUGUGUGUGUGUGUGUGUGUCCCCCAUCCCAAGGUGGCAGCUGGAACUGGGAUUCCUUCGUGUGCAUGUAUAUAAAACCUGCAGGAGCAAAAAACAACAAAAAACCCACAAAAAAACCAACCCCACCACCCCACAAAAAGGCCACCACCCGAAACCAGGACGCUACUGGCCACCACCGGGCCGGGACAGACGCGGACGCUGCCUCGGGGACACGGAAAUGCUCUCGCCUAAAAAAAAAACCU